UUUAAAAGUAGUUCUAUACAGUAGAUGAGUGCUUUGAAGGGCCUUAUGUUAAUAAGUUGUAGAAGACUGUGGGAACAUUUUGUUUGCAAAAGAAAAGGAAAAUGAGGAAGAACAGAGGGUAGUGGCACUGUAGAAAAGGAGAGAGGGAGAGACCGAGAGAGAGGUGCUCUACACAUCAUCCACAGCUGACACAGACAGUUUCAUCCUCCAACCUUUGCUCAACGCUACACACAGACUGGACUAAGGGCUCCUACUCCCUCCAGAAGACUAUGGCCUCAACUGCUUUUUUUAAAGGCACAGGCCUCCUGCUCUUCUUACUACUGGGACUGCAGCCAUCGUCAUUUGUUUCAGGACAAAACACAACCUCGAGUUCCAAUACAACGACCGAUGCUACAACCACGGUGGCUGCAACAAUUGUGUUGUCAACUGACAUGAGUACUGUCUCUGCAACAGCUACGAUGACAGUUACCACAGCUCAAGCUACAAUGUCGUCUGCCAUUUCUUCUACGAAUGCUGCAAUGUCAUCUGCAGGGUUGGCAACUACGAUGGCAGCUACGAGGGUUCAAGGUGCUGCUAAUACGGCAACCUCCAAUUCGUCCAGUGUAGGUUCAAUGACAACAGCCAUGACCUCCACUUCAAGAAGUGUAACCAUUGACAACUCAAGGAAUACAGUGGCGGGUAGUGGAACCCCAAGCACGGACAAUACUACCUCAUGGGGCACCAGUGGCAUGACCAUGAUAUCCUGUCGCCAGUUCUCCUGUAACUACUCAGACUGCUACGAUGUGUACAUGAAUAGGACUUCUGUUUCAUGCAACGCUAAUAUCACCUUCUGUGAGCUGAAGAGACAGGAAGACAUGACUUACACCGGCGGCUGCAGUUCCUCCUGCAGGAAUGCCUGUGUCAAUAACACUCAGACCAACUGUACCACGGGAUGCUGCAACUCCACUGGCUGUCUUCGCUCCACCCUGGCCUCCAUGGUUCGCCCAAACACUACAACAGUGACUACAGUGAUGAUGACCACCACCACAACAACAGCAGCAGCCACCACUACAACUGCUAUGCCAACCAAUAAACUUAAGAAGUGCCAGAUGUUUCAGUGCACAGAGCAGAACUGUUACAAGACUUGGAUAACCAAAGACCCAAUGCCUUGUCCCCUCAACCAGCCCUACUGUGAGUUGAAAAAGAUGACAAUUGGUUCAACAACGAUGUGGAUGGGAGGCUGCAAUGCCGACUGCACAAGAAACACUUGGUGUACGACCACAACAGGUACAUGCCACCAAGAGUGCUGCAACACCUCCAUAACAUCCUGCCUCAAGCUGGAUGGGUCUCUGAACGUUCCUUCUUCUGCCACUAGAGGUCCUCACUUCCCUUUAGCAUUGAUCACUGCUGCUCUGCUGGUUUGUCUACUCAGCAUUGGUUCUCUGGUUUAAACUGGGUCGUGUUCAGUGGGUACAAGCGGAAGAAAAUGUAUUGAAAGAGGGAGGAAAUACCUUGACUUGUCCCUUGCAAAAUGGUUUAAAACAUUGCCUGUUGUGUGACUUAAUGAACAACCCUGAUGUGUUGACCCACUGAGCCAUUGCUUGAAUUUAAACAGUAGCAGUAGUAGUUAGCACGGCAAAACCUGGUUUCCAUUCCACAUGAAUACUAUACUGGUUGUAGGUCUAGCUUACUCUGUUUUUGUUUGUUUGCUUGUAUAUGAGGGGUAUUGAGAUACUGUAUGUGAGGGCUCAUAUGUGCUUUUGAGAGAUUUAGGUGAUUUAAUAAGUGAUAAUGAUUCCCCUAUGUGAGUCCAAACCAAAUGGGUUUAAAGGGAUUUAUUGAAGAAUAUGACGAUUAAUAUGGCUACAGAAAGCUAUUCAACCAUACCAUCAUACCCAUUUAUAAAUCAGUACUAUGUAAAACAUAAUACACAGAAGAUAGCUAUUUACGAUCAUAGAUGAGUGACCUAAUGUAUGGUACGGUAAUUAAUUCUGCUUUUUCUUAUUGAGAUUUCUGUAAGAUGAAGUUUCCAAUUAUGACAUUUUCAUAAAUAUCCUAUUUUUUUAGGCACAUUUUCUUUUGCCAGUGAUUUGCAUGAUGACUUCCAUGUUUUCUUAGAUUUUUCACUUGCAAAGACCUAGCCUGGUCUCAGAUCUGGUUGUGCUCUUGCUAACUCAAUUGCUCAUUGACAAACCAAAAAUGCCCAGUACAAGGAGUUGGCAUGAUAGCACAAACAGACUGGCACUCAGGCUAAAGACUUUCUCCAAUACAAAAGCAAACAUCUUUACAGAUAUUGCAUAAUAACUCAGUUAUUACCUAGUCCUCGCUAGCAUGUUGUGAAAGACAGAUUGACAAUUUAUGCACUUUUUAAAACAUAUAUAUUGGGUUAUAGAAGGUUUUUGAAAUAUUUGUACUGACGCAUUGAGGUGUAAUUCAUAUCUGUGAACGUAGUCAUAAACUGUACAACUGGAAUAUGUGUUUUACGCCUUUUAUUAUUUAGCUGUAUUCAUACUUAUAAUUUACCAUCAUAACAAUGUGGAAAUUGAUUCUUAAAAAUGGGUUAUAAAAUUGAGUUA